CAUGGGCCGCGCGGUGCAGAGUGGGAGCAACAACACAGUGGACGAGGGGGAGUUUCUUCUCACAAUCCCGGUGACUUCAGCUCCAAGGAGGAGGUGAUAUUCAUGGGAGCAGGAUUCAAACUCCCUCAGUUGGAGUAAAGAGGCGCCGAUGUCGCAGCUCCUUCUCAGACUUGUUUUUAAAAAAACGACUUCCUCCGCAACGUCCAACACACGGAAUGAUGUUUGCGUGAAGUUUCUCUGAUUUCAGCGCUGGAAGCAGAGACGCUGGUGGACCCGGUGGAUGCUGAUUGGACCCGAGGACACCCCGAGUCUUCUACCUGGGAGACAUGAAGAGGAACCCACCAGUCGGCCAAUACUGGACCAGGAUGCAGUACUGCACAACUCUGUCUUGUUUCUCACUAAUCGCGGAGUUAUUUUUAUCUGUUCAUAAACUGUCACUCCAUCUCUGCUCUUCCACGCGGUUCUUUCAAAACUUUUCAUGGUCAAAAUGGACCGAACGGGACUCGCUGUUUUACUGCUUUUGACUGUCGCACUUGGUCACAGUCACAAGGAAGCGUCAGGUGGAAGGAAGGAGUUUUCGGGACCGGAGCGGACACCCCGGGACCAGCACCACCACCACCACCAGCAGCAGCAGCAGCCGCCACAGGGUCACAUCCCAGAGGGGUUCACAUCCUCGGUGUCAUCCGGUGACACUUCCCCAGGCAGUGGAUCCAGACAGUCCAGGACCCUGGUCCGUCUGCCCAGAUCAGCAUCAUCCACGACGGACGGCAGAUCGACCUCCAGAGCGGGAGGUGCUGCUGCUGCUGCUUCUGUAGCCGGGGUCUCGCAGCCCCCUGCGCCGCGGGAUGGUGCGCAGCGCAGCGGCCGACAAACAUCCAGCAGCCAGCAGCACAGAAGCAGAGGAAACCACAGGCAGAGCAGCAGCCCCGGCUCCGGCCGCACGAGGAGGCUCGUGGGGCCGAACGUCUGUGGAGGUCAUCAGUGUUGCUCCGGCUGGGCCUUGGCACCAGGAACCAACCGCUGCAUAAAACCUGACUGCCAGCCCCCCUGCCAGAACCGUGGCUCCUGCAGCCGACCCCAUACCUGUGUGUGUCGCUCGGGGUUCCAGGGCGCCCGCUGUGAAGAGGUGACUCCGGAGCAAGUGUACAUCCGCGACGGAGGCACCCUGAGACGGGUUCAGCCCGGCACCAACCCCUUUCAGAAGAACCAACCACGGAGAAGGCCCUCUGACAGACAGGCCGUGGGCACCACCAAGGUUCAGAGCCCACGACCUGCAGCCACCAGACAGCCGGCUCACACCGUGACUCAAGUGAGACGGGGACCCCCUGACACCUCCCCUCAGCAGACGGGGACUUCUCGCACUGUAAAACGUUACCCGUCGUCAUCUGGGCCGAUCACCUCCAACGCUCUACCCAGUGGGAACAGCUACAACAGCCGCGGCAGUGAGCAGAGAAACUGGAAUGGACACAGAAGUGGACAAAACACAAUGCACAGCUUUAAUGGUCACAGACCCUCAAGUGACAACCAGCUCAACAGUGCCCUCUAUCCAGCAGGGGCCAACCUCACGUCCAACCUGGACCGCAUAAAGAUCGUCUUCACACCUAUGAAGUGCCGCCGGGUAUGCAGUGGCGGCCGCUGCUACAACAGUUGUGAGAAGGGAGACAUCACUACGGUUUACAGUGAGACCUCGCAGCAGCAGCAGCAGCAGCAGCAGCAGCAGCAGAACCAGGGCUUCAGACUCUUCUUCUGCCAGAUUCCAUGUCUCAACGGAGGCCGAUGCAUCGGCAGGGAUGUCUGCUGGUGUCCGUCAAACUCCACAGGGAAGUUUUGCCACCUACCAGUACCAGUUCCAGCAAGGACAAGUCCUCACAGUCACAAGGACCCCAGCCAUACUGGACCCAGCUCCCACUCAAUGUACACACUUCCACUGUCCAAUCAGCAAGUGUCCCUCCACCCGUCCUUGGUGAAUGUCCACAUACAGCAUCCACCCGAGGCUGAGAUUGAGAUCCACCAGGUAGCUCGAGUGCAGCCGGGUCACAGACUGGCCAUCCCAGAGGGCGCACAUUCCGUCCAGCAACGCUCCCAGCCCGGUAAUGGACACGAAGCCACCAUUGAGCUCAACGGCAGACAACUGCACUUCACCGGGAACGAGAACGGCAACAGCCACACCAGACUGCAGCCCCGUCAGAACGGACAUGUGGGAAGAUGCUUUCAGGAAACAGUAGAUGGCCAGUGUGGCAAACCUCUGCCAGGCCUGACCAAACAGGAUGAUUGCUGCGGAAGCGUGGGCGCCUCCUGGGGUCUGCACAAGUGCCAGAAGUGUCCGACUAAACCAGCGUUCACAGUUAUCGCAAAUGGACAGGUGGAGUGUUCCAAAGGUUUCAAACGGAUGAAUCUGACACACUGUCAAGACAUCAAUGAGUGUCUGCUGCCUGGCAUCUGUAAGAAUGCCUUAUGUUUCAACACCAAAGGAAGUUACCGGUGUACGUGUAAACCUGGCUUCAUGUUGGACGCUGCUCGGAGUCACUGUGUCUCGGACAAAGCUGUGUCUAACCAGAAGGGAAUGUGCUAUCGAUCGGUAUCAGCUGACACUUGUUACUUGCCUCUGGUGCAACACAUCACCAGGCAGAUCUGCUGCUGCAGCCGCGUUGGCAAGGCCUGGGGGGAGUCAUGUGAUCGUUGCCCUCUGCCUGAAUCAGACCAUUUCAAGGAGAUCUGCCCUGCUGGUCAUGGAUAUACCUACUCCCUCUCUGAUGUGCAGAUUUCCUUGAGACAGCUGGAACACGACGAGCUUCAGAGCACAGGAGUAACAUGGGAAGACUAUCUCUCCACUCAUCUCCAGCCACCGUCCUCGCAGCCUUCACUGCAGGUUCCCGGCAGACCUCAGUCCCCGGUCUAUCCAGAGGUACCACAGGUUCCCCAGUACCCUGAGUACCCAGAAACACCCUACGUACCCCAUCAGCCCCAGACUCCACACAGACCUCAACCACCCUUCCAGCCAGACUGGGACACACCUAAAGAGCCAGAUGUGGAGACUCUGAGCCGACCGUCUGUUGUGACCGAUUCACCUGUGGAUUAUCCAGGAACUUCUCCUCCAGACUCCUCCGUCAGCAACCUGAGUCCGGAUACGAAGGACACAACACAAACACACUCCUCCACAGGUCACGACACGUGUGCUAGCGCGCCAACCAUUUGUGGACGUGGGAAAUGUGUCCCAGUGCAGACGGGCUACACCUGCCACUGUGAGCCAGGAUUCAAACUCAGCGCUCUGCAGACCAACUGCAUCGAUGUGAAUGAAUGUGACGAAGAUCCAUGCGAAGGGAAGGGUCGCUGCCUCAACAGCUACGGCUCCUACACCUGUCAGUGCCACAGCGGCUACAGCCAGGUGAUCACCCAAAACAGGAAGUUCUGUCAAGACGUUAAUGAAUGCAGCUUGCCCGGCAAGUGCCAGAACGGCAAAUGUGUCAACACAGAAGGAUCCUACACCUGUGAAUGCAACACCGGCUUUGCCAGGUCUUGGAGAGGCGUAUGCGAAGACGUAGACGAGUGCAGAGAUCCCGGCUCUUGUCCCACCGGUGCCUGUGUUAACACUCUCGGGUCCUUCCAGUGCCAGGCGUGCGGCCCAGGCUUCCGGGCUGUGGGCGACAGAUGUGUCGAUGUAAAUGAGUGCUUGAACCAUACAGUGUGUGGCAGUGGGAGGUGUGUCAACACCGAGGGCUCCUAUAGGUGCAACUGCUUCCAUGGCUACGAACUCUCUGGGAACAUAUGUCAUGAUGUGGAUGAGUGUGCGCUCCCGGGAGUCUGUCUGCACGGCCGCUGUGUUAAUCUGGAUGGCACCCACCAGUGCAUCUGUGACACCGGUUACCGAGUCACUCCAGACAGCAGGACUUGUGAAGAUGUGGAUGAGUGUGCUGCCGGUAAUGCCUGCCAUUCGGGAAUCUGCAUCAACAACCCAGGUUCUUACACUUGCCAGGACUGCAGGCAGGGAUUUAAACCAUCUGCUGAUGGACUUCAGUGUGAAGACGUGAAUGAGUGUGUUCAAGGUGACCUGUGUCAAGGCGGGGUGUGUGUCAACACACACGGAUCUUACACCUGCACCAGGUGUAAGGCGGGCUACAGGUUGUCCCAGGACUGGCAGAGAUGUGAAGAUAUCGACGAGUGCCAGUUCCUGUCUACCUGUGCCAACGGCAUCUGCCUCAACACAGAAGGAUCCUACACCUGUGAGAACUGCCCCACAGGCUACGGGGUCUCGCACGACGGGGAGUUCUGCGAAGAUAUUGAUGAGUGUGCGCUGCCCAUUACAUGUCCUCAGGGAACAUGUACAAACACACUGGGCUCCUUCACAUGUAUCAACUGUCGGCCCGGUUUCACAGUCUCCGAGGACGGCCAGCAGUGCGAGGAUGUGGACGAGUGCACGAUGGCCAGUCUGUGCCCGGGCCAGCUGUGCCUUAACAGCCCGGGGUCGUACACCUGCAGGAGCUGCGAUCCUGGCAUGCAGCUGAGUGAGGACGGCGACGGCUGUGAAGAUAUUGAUGAGUGCCAGAUUCCAGGUGUGUGUCCCACAGGUGUGUGCACCAACAUGGCGGGCUCCUUCUCCUGCAUGGCCUGCGAUCCAGGUUUCGCCGUGGCACCCAGUGGGUCCUCGUGUGAAGAUGUGAAUGAAUGUGAGGACACCAGUCUGUGUCUCGGGGGUCAGUGUUCCAACACCAUUGGCUCCUUCACCUGUUCCUGUCCUGCUGGUCUGGAGCUGGUUGAUGGAACGUUCUGCAAAGAUAUCAACGAGUGCCUAACAGUCGUAGGGAUCUGUGGAGAAGGAGAGUGUCUCAACACCGAGGGCUCCUACUUGUGCAUCUGUCCUGAUGGAUAUACCACGGUCAAUGAAAGGACUGGCUGCCAAGAUGUGGACGAAUGCAGUAAAGAUAAUGUUUGCCUCGGAGGCCGGUGUCUCAACACUGAUGGAUCAUUCCUGUGCCUGUGUGAGGCUGGGUUUAAGUUCAGUGAUGAAACGUCCGACUGUGAAGACAAAGAUGAAUGCAAGGAGUUUGGGAGCUCAGUGUGUGGUACCUGGCAAUGCAAGAACACUAUUGGCUCCUACCGAUGUUUCAAGGGCUGUCAGCCUGGCCUCGAAGGAGAGGACACCAAAGACUGCGAUAUUGACGAGUGCCUCAAUGAAACCAUCUGUGGAAACCACGGCUUCUGCGAGAACACAGACGGCUCCUACCACUGCCAGUGUGACCGCGGCUACACCAACCCAGCUGGAGACACGACCAGAUGUGUGGAUGUGAACGAGUGUGAGAUGAGCCUGGCGCUCUGCGGCGGGGCUCUGUGUGAGAACUUCGACGGCAGCUUCCUGUGCAUCUGCCCCAGCGACAAUGAGGAAUUUGAUCCUGUCACCAGCCAGUGCCGCUCCCUGGAUACCGACAUGACGCCGCCCGCUGCUCCAGAGGAGCCGUCGUCUGUUCCGUCGGCGGAGGAGAGGAAGCAGUGCUACUACAACCUGAACAGCGCCAACAUCUGCGAUAACGUUCUGUCACACAACACCACCAAGCAGGAGUGCUGCUGCACGGUGGGAGCGGGCUGGGGAGACAACUGUGAGAUCCACGCCUGUCCUGUUGUAGGCAGAGAUGAGUAUAACCAGUUGUGUCCACAUGGCAGUGGACUGUUGCUUGUCUCUCUGUCCUCCAGUCAACAUCUAGUAGACCAGCAACCCUACAUCGAUGCAAAUGAGUGCGAGAUGUUUGGUUCUGAAAUUUGUAAGAACGGACAAUGUUCGAAUCUCUUCUCCACCUACACCUGCUACUGUCGUUCUGGCUUCUACUACGACAACAUCCGGCUGGAGUGUGUGGAUUAUGAUGAGUGUAAAUUUGCCAAUGCCUGCGAGAACGGAGCGUGUGUGAAUACGCCCGGCUCCUUCAACUGCUUCUGCAGUCCUCCGUUAGUCCUGGACGGCACACGGCGGCGUUGCAUUGGUCUGAACAACAGUGAAGAAACUGUUGAGCCUGAUCAUGAUGUGCACGUGGACAUCUGCUGGCGGCGUCUGGACCAAGACAACGUUUGUGCACAACCUCUGCUGGGAGUCAGAACAACAUACACUGAGUGUUGCUGUUUGUAUGGAUAUGCCUGGAGCGGACAGUGUGCCUUCUGCCCCGGGAGAGACACUGUUGACUAUGCAGUCAUGUGCAACCUGCCUACAAGUAGAGGAGGCUCAGAUAGUCUGAGGGAGCGGCCCGGAUAUGAGUACGGUGUGGACGAGCCAGAGGAGCCCUUUCUUCCCCCGUACUGGGACAACUACGGCAGCCCCGCUGGGACAUAUGACACACCUGAAAGUGUUCCUCUCUUCAACGACAACGACUACAGCGUUCAACAGCCUCCUGUACGUGUGCCCAUAACACCGCGGGAACGACAGCCACGACCAGUGGAGACCGAGCGCUACGCAGGUUUCGAAGGUCUCCAGGCAGAGGAAUGUGGAAUCCUGAACGGGUGUGAAAACGGCCGCUGCGUCCGAGUGCGAGAAGGUUACACCUGUGACUGCUUUGACGGAUACGAGCUGGACUUGAACAAGAUGGCCUGUAUAGACAUUAACGAGUGUGAGGACAUCAAUGACAAGGUGCCGCUGUGUCAGAACGGGACGUGCUCCAACACCGAGGGCUCCUACAAGUGCACCUGUUUGCCUGGAUUCGUGGCGUCUGCACAGCCGCACAAAUGCAUCCCGACCAUCCCAGAGUCUGGGCCCAGGGAGACAAACUGAAAGUCAGACUGUGGGAGCGCCCGGCUUCUUCCUGUUUCCUUUUUCCCCCUUUCUCUUUAAGGACCUGGCACUAAACAGUGACAAUGAAACAUACCCACUCAUUUCUCUACCAGUCUUCAUACAUAUAUAUAUAUAUAUUUACAAACAAAUCAAACACACACACACACACAUACACACAAACACUGGGCAUUUAUCACAGACCGUAAUGCUUUUCUACACUUUAGGAGGAUCAGGAAAACAGUGCAGUGAAUGUAUAACAUGGGAUUCAUUAUUUUGUCAGACAUCCGUUUGCCUUAAAGGGAUUUUGUGGACAGAUUUCCUAACUCAGUAACCCCCCCCCACCCCCUCCAGCCCUCCCUUGCGCAAUUUGAUAUGCAGAUAUAUAAUUCUCCUCUGUCGCUCCUUUUUCCUGUUGUGUUAUUUAUUUCACCUCCGUGUCAGGCCUCCGCAAAGAAACGGCGCGAUCGAUUUCUCAGCUCCUCCACUUUUAUUCGUCUCAACAAAUGAAUGAAUCACAGGCAGCGAGGGGAGAUGAUGUUUUUAUUUUUUUGUCAAACGAGAUCAGACAAAAAAGCGUGUUCCGAGCUCCAGCAAUAUCGUCUCUCUUAUUGGUCGGUUUUAGCUGUGGCCUGGGACUCAAUGGAUGCUAAAAAAUAAAUAAAUAAACAACCACAAAUUUGAAUUUUCUCCCACAGCGGCCGCCGACGUGGAAGAAUCACUGGACCAAGACCAUCACACGACCCUUACUUUGAAAGUUUCAGCCUGUCGUCACCCUGGACAUGGAAAGACUAUAGAUGUAAAUGAUGUCGUUUGAAAUGAACUGAAAAGUCUGUACGACUCCAUUUCGCCAACGUUAGCGUGAGCGAUGACGUAUGAAGCUGAAACUGUUCUCCUUCGUUUUUUUUGUUUUUUUUUUCUUUAACAGUGUUAACUUGUUAUGUACGCCCGAGACGACGCAGUGCUGCUCAUUUAACCUUGGUUUUAAGCUCAGUUCAAAGCUAACACCUAAACCAUUAUGAGGUACAAGGCUUUCUCCACCAGAACAAAACGCUCAUUCAGAUGCACUACGUAUGAUCCAUACGUUAACUCAGACCAUUCCAAUGUAAAAAAACAAACACAGAAGGCUGCAUCACAGGUUUGUUUGUACAUCAGUUGUUGUUUGUAAUCAGGCGUGGGCAAACUUUAUGACUCGUGGGCCACAAUUGACCUAAAAUUGAACAGGGGUCAGAAGCAGAUAGAUGAAUUAAGUUUUGCGGGCCGGAUUAAACAGCUGAACGGGCCGUAUCCGGCCCCCGGGCCUUAGUUUGCCCAUGCCUGCUCUAAAUGCACCAUAGCACGGCCAACAUUUUGUCUCUCAUCAAACAUUGGACCUGACAGUAAAGCUUUUGUAGAUGUAUACGUCUAUUUGUGUAAAAAUGUUUCUUAGGCAUAUCUUUAAUGUUUUAGGAGAGUGGCUGACACUGUACCAGAGCAUGUAUGUAUGUGUGUAUGUGCAGGCGUGUGUGUGUGUGUAUGUGUAUACCCUGCCCUGUGGAGCAGACGAUGAAAAUAUAUUUUUGGAAGUGGCAGCACUGUUCUAAUCGUAGACGUUGUUUUCCUGUUUUUCACUACAAAGUCAAUGCUUUUUGAAUUGCAAAAACAUACACAGCUAACUGUUACUAACGCUCGUCUCCGUCUGAUGAUUUGCUCACGAUUGUAUCCGAAACGUUCAUUUUUGGCCUUUGGUCUGCAGGACUGGACUCAGUAGCAACAUGAAGGUCUUAUCGUUACCCUUCGGGAUGUCAAAGGUUGGAUCAUUUAUGCCCUUAAUCUGUAUUUAUAAUCUACAAACCUACUGUAGAAUGACGUACUAUGUUAUCUUUGUUUUUUUUUUUCUAUCUACUGUACUUGUCUGAUUAAAUCACCCAAACCUACACAGUCAUCUUAACACCUAGGGUAAGUUUCAGUAUUCAAAACCUUUCAAACUUACAGUUCAAACUGUCAAUAGUUACCUCUUGACUGUAAUUACUACCGGACGUCAAAAUAAAAUCAUUAAAAUAUCUUGGUUCCACUGACAACUACUCUUUCCUCUGUGUAAAUUCAUACAUUUGCUGCUUUGGAAUAUUGUUAUUUGUGGUAUAUGGUAUUUAUAAUUACUAAUGUUAAUAAAAUAAAAUCUUAAAAUCUUUUCUUUUUAAGCCAAGCAGUGACUUUCUUAGACAGUUGUGUGAGUUUAAAGAAGGCUGUAAAUUGUAUGAUUUAUAAAUUAUGAUUAAACACUUUUAUAUUGUCCCAUU